AUGUCGAAGCCAAUUCGAGUCGGCUUCAUCGGCCUCAGCUCACACGAAAACAUCCAUUUGGCCGGAUCAUGGGGCAAGAAGGGCCACCUGCCAUACUUGGCCCACUCGCCAGACUAUACCAUCACAGCACUGUGCAACUCAUCUCUAGAAUCGGCGAAGAAGGCAGCUGAGCUGCAUGGCCUGGACGUCAGCAAGGUUCGCACAUACGGCGACCCCGAAUCACUGGCCAACGACGACAAUGUCGAUCUGGUCGUCUGCUCCGUCAACGUCAUGCAACAUUACAGGCUCAUCAAGCCUGCCUUGGUCGCCGGGAAGAUGGUCUUCUGUGAAUGGCCAUUGGCCUCGAACCUGAGCCAAAUGAAGGAACUGGCCGACUUGGCGGAGCAGAAGAAGCUCAAAACCAUUGUUGGCCUGCAAGGUCGCACCGGUGCAUAUGUCCACGCCGUGAGGAAGUUUAUCGGCAGCGCAGCAGGUCAAUUGGGAGAGGUCCUCAGUACUUCCAUGAUGGUUUACUCUCUCUUUGGCGGUCUGGUGCUCCCCAAAGAGAUUGCUUACCUAGCGGAUAUCAAAUCUGGAGGAAGCAUAUUCACCAUUACGGCCAUCCACAGUGAGUGCCUUUCCGUCCCGCCACAGAACAACUUGCAGCGUCAUGGGCGCAAACUAACGGCUUUGUCUCCCUCAGUGCUUGAUACGUUGACCGCCGCACUUGGUGAAAUUGAAACCCACAACAUCCUCCUCAGGAACAAACGCCCCACCUUCGCACUGACAGACAACGAUUUCAAUAUCAUUGGGUCAUCGGUUCCCAACAGCACGCCGGACCACGUUCUCGUCCACGGCACUCUCACGGGCAACAUUCCCUUCAACUUCCAGGUCCGCGGCGGUCCACAGUUCAAGGACACACCGGCUUUCGAUUGGCGCAUCUAUUGCACCAGGGGCGAAAUACGGGUCAGCGGAAAUGAAAUGCUCUGGACGGGCGGCGCCAUCAAGGUGCAAGUGCAUGAUUUCGUGACCAAUAAAGUCGAGGACGUGGAUUUGGGUCAGGUGUUGGAGGAAAAUGUAAAGGAUGACAUCGCCUACAAGCUGGGAUUGAAAGCGCCGGCGGAUAACGUGGGCAGGCUCUAUGAGGCCUUCGCGAAGGGCAAGACUGAGAAGUACUUGGACUUCGCGCAAAGUUUGAAGUGGGCGCGGUUUAUCCAGGAGGCUUAUACCGCCAAUGGCAUGUGA